AUGGCUAUCGGUGAUCUUCUAGCCUCCAUCGGAGGUGGUGAACCCGCACCCAAGCGAAAGGCUGAGGAGCAGCUCCAAAUCGCUUCCAAGGCUCCACGCAUAAACUCCCCCACAGUCUCGCGACCUAUCCAACCAUCGCGGCCGCUUGACCGACCGAACUCUACGCAGUCGACGAAUGGAAACGGGGUCAGGUCGACCGUGUCCUCGGCUCUGAAGCCGACGAACGGUACGCACAGAAUUACCAAGCCUAGUGCCCCGGUCCGGUCGUCGAGCAAUGGCCCGUCGCCAGCCAGUGCCGCCGCGUCGAGAGCCCCUCCGAAGAAGGGCUCGUUCGCUGAGAUUAUGGCCAGAGCAAAGGCCGCCCAGGAGACGAUGGGCCAGGUUGGUAAGAUCCAGCACAAGAAGGUAGAGAAGGGCAUAAUGAAGAAGGAGAAGGAAGUGUUUACCAAGCCCGACCCACGAGCCAGGAUCGACCCUCGCCCGGCUGGAAAGAAACCGGUAUCGUCGUCGUCCUACACCGGCACAUCCAAAGCCUCGACGCGACCCACCGCGUUCGUAGGUGGCUCCAGGGACCCCUCCCGAGGUAGACCAGCGGCCAGGCCAUCGGAUCGGGACAGGAAACAGCCCAUGGAGGAGGCGGACAAGAAGCAGAAGAAGGCCGCGACGGCGACGACAGGUUACACUGGGACGGCUCGACCUAAGCCUGGCAGCGCCUCAAGGAACGACAAGGCUCCCCGGGGCGGAGCGCUUCUAAAUAGACCAGCCCCUCGAGCUGGCUCUUCGAGAUAUUCGCGUUAUGAGGAAGAUUAUGACGAAGAGCUGGACGAUUUCAUUGAUUACGACGAUGAGGAGGAGGCACAGUAUAGAUACGACUCCGGUUCCGAGUCGGACAUGGAGGCCGGAAUGGACGAUUUGGAACUCGAAGAGAGAAAAGCAGAGACGAUCGCCCGUCGCGAAGACGAAAUUGAGCAGCGCAGGGAAAAGCAGCUCAAGGCUGAAAAGGAAGACCGGAGAAGGCGGUAUCUCCAGGGGCGUUAG